GAUCUUGGCUGAGGACCAUCAAAAACACCUUGUGUGAUGAAAAACCCAGAUGCACAGCCUCUCCCUAUAUAUGGCCUGUGUUGAGGUAGCCUCAGCCCCUCAGGGAUCUGGUAUAGAUGAGGAAUCUGUGACACAGGACAACUGCAGUUGGAGUGAGAUGAGCCAGAAGGGGGCCAAGGAGGGCCCGCGCCUGUCCAAGAACCAGCGGCUGUCGGAGCACUUCAUCAUCCGCUGCUGCCCGCCCUUCACCUUCCUCAACUCCAAGCGCGAGCUGGUGGACCGCAGGUACAGCCUGUGCCGCAGCGGCUGCUUCUACGAGCGCCAGGAGGAGGACUGGGUGUGCUGCGCCUGCCAGCGCGCCAGCCGCCGCGCCAAGUCCCCUGCGAGGCCCAAGCCGCCGCCCGCCGAGCCGCGGCCCCCGGCGAGGUCCCCGCCGCCCGCCAAGCCGCGGUCCCCUGCGAGGUCCCCGCCACCCGCCAAGCCGCGGCCCCGCGCAGAGCUCCGCCCGCCGCCCGCCAAGCCGCGGCCCGCCCAGGCCAAGGCGCCGCCCCGCGGGGCCGCUAGGUUCCGGUAGCCUCGCCCUCCCGCCCAGGUUGAAAAGGAGAAGCAAGCCUGCCCCAAAGAAGAAGUGACAGAGGACGGCAGUCCCAUGAGCCGAUGGCCUCAGCUCCUGCACGCACCUCGUCCCGACCCAUCUGGCUUCCUCUGGCAAGCUGCCUGACUUCGAGUGUGAUGCCGGAGCAGACACCAGUUGACGGCCACGGCCCCCACAGCCAGGGAGCCCCAAGGCUGCCUGUCUGCAGGUGAGAAGGGUGUCUCUGGUUGGCGGCCCAGCAGCAGUCCUUGGCCUCCAGCACCAUGGCUCAGAUCUUCUGUAUCACCUGCCAUCCUUUCUCCCCAAGCUGUGAAUGGCCACUGGGUCUGCAGGGAAGGGCGGCCCCGGUGCUGGCCUCCAUGGUGCCUUCUGAGCCCGUUUCCCCUCUGUCCCUGGCAUCUUGUUGCUGAUUGUGGCUUUUGAUCCUGACCAAUUUUGUAGUUAGUUCCCUAUGCGUUCCUCUCUGCCCUAGCACCAUGUGUUUGCUAUUUGGUCUCCUGAAUCAGCUCCUGGUACCAGACCACAAGCAGAGCCACAACUGGCUGUGGGCAGGCUCCCAGUUGCCAUGUGAGUAAGAUCAGGCUGCCGUAGAAUUCAGAGAAGCAGAGAAGCCCAAGGGGACAGGAGCUGUCCAAAUGUGCAUGCCAGAUGCAGCCAGUGCACUGUGCCAGGAGCAGAGAGUGGGCGAGGAGGAGCCCCUCACCCUCCCAGCCUCGCCUCAGGCCUCCCGCACCCCCUGCAAACUUCUCCGGACCAGGCCAGGUGAAACUGAACCCUUCGAGGAUUCGUUCACACUUGGUCCCAUCAGAUGGUGCUCCGGCCAUGGAACCAGCUGCUCUCAGACUGUCGGACCUUGAGCAAGUUAUCUGGCUUCCACCGCUUUGUCCUCUUCCCAUUUCCUGAGGUCCGGAGACAUGGGGCUGCUGGCCUCCUACCCAUUCCCCUUUGGAACACAGGCACAUGGCCUGGGCACUUUCAUGAGACUAGAAAGAGAGCACAGAGAGCCUCCACUGCCAGUGUAACCCCAGUUGCUGGGGACCUUGGGGCCUGGUGCUUCUCAGUGCCUUCCCUGACUCUCCCCUUGCAUUUGUGUCUUGCGGUGUAGUGGGAUCAAGAAAAGCAGGACAGGAGUUGGCCAUGGGGAAGAGAAAGCUGAGUGGUGAACUAGGAAAGCCAAGCAGCCCAAGACCCCCCCCGUGUAGCAGGACACCCCUUGGGUGAGGGCAUUGGAGCUGGCCAACAGCAGGCAGGGCUGCAGGCUCACGUCCCAUGCCUGCGCUCCUCCUGCUGCCACUGUCUGUAUCCCCAGACUCUGGGGAAGGAGGGCUUAGAUCCCGAGUAUGAGCUCUGAUGGGGACUCGGGAACAGCACCUCACCCCACCCCACUGCCCCACUGCACCCUUCAUGCCCCUGUGGGGAAAGACUUGUCAGGUCAGAGGGAGGAUCCUCAGGUCACCUUGUGCCCCUGUGGACUGUGUGUGCAUGUGUGUGGUGUGCCUGUGUGUGCGUGCCUGUGUGUGUGCGCUGGGGAGCUCAGCUUGGGAGAGUAUCUUUGGACUUUCAUUUCUUUCCCAGGCCCGACAAUGAUGAGCCCCUCUCGGUGUGUGUUAGGGUCUUUUCUACCCCUGAGAACCUGGCCAACGAGCUAAUCCUGUGCAGCCACACGAAUGCCUUCACGGGCCCAAUGUGUCCUCAGCAGUGGCCUUGGAGGAGCCCCUGUGGGCUACUUUCCCACCCCGUGCAGAGUUAGCAGACAGAAGGCUGGGGUCUGGAGUGGAUCCCCCUCUAUCCAGGCUCCAUCUGCAUCCAUUCCAGAAGCCAUUUCAGCCUAUUCUAGCCCACACUUAGAUGACCUGGUUAUGGGCUCUGAAAGAUGGGACUGAAAUGGAAAGAUGCAGUGGACCCCCACAAACCCCAGCCCUCAGUGCCUUGCUCCCGAGAGGCCCAUGGGGGGAGGGAGGCCAUGGCCAGCCCUCAAGAGGACAGGGCUCUUUGUUCUUCCAGCCAUUCAGCUUAUGAUUCAGGAGGCCCCUCCUGGCCCAGCUGGGCCACACCUCAUGUCUUCUUUCCAUUCCCUCCUCUGAAUGAACAGUGUGUGCCAUGUCCACUCGGUGCUGGUGCCCACCCGGGCCUGGCCCUGCUGUUGUCUUCCUGUGAUUUCCUGGCACAGUGUAGGUGCAGGUCCUCAGCUUGCUGCCAUCCCAGAGACUCUUCCCUUGAAGACCGAGUGCUGUUUCCACAGUCACUCUGCUCCGCCACUUGGGUUUUGUUUGUCCCCACAGCGCCUCUCACCCUCUGGGAUUAUCUUGUUCACUCACUCGUUUAACCUCCCUUCCCCUCACAAUGUACACACCCAUUGCCAGCAACCACCCACUGCUCCAUCCUCAGUUUUCAGCACUAGUAAGAACUCAAUAAAUCCUUGUCGAGUGAA